AUGCUAAUUGAGAGUAAGAAAAAAGUAAAAAACCUUAUAUAUGAAUGUAAUGAAAAAUUAAAAUUAUACAUAAAAAUAAAGCAAACUUUUAAGAAAAGUAUUAUAGACAAAAACACAAAAGAGUUAGAUGACAUUUAUAAUCAAUGUGUAGAAUCAAAAUUAAAUAAUUUUAGUGAAAUUAAAUAUUUUGAUGAUGAUUUUACUGGUGAAAAAAAAUUAAUUACGGAUAUAAUUGAUAGUCUUUUAAAUAAUUAUGUGGAGAACAAUGAUGGGUGUGUUAUAUCCUUUAAUAAAUAUGAAAAUCUUAAAACUAUUAGCAAUGACAUAGAAUAUGAAAAAAAAAAUGAUUGUAUAAAUGAUAAUUACCUAGGUAAUUUAAUAGAACACUUUUUUGUUAAAAUAAAAAAAUUAUCAGCUAAAGAAAAUGAAAAUAAAAUAUAUAAAUUACGAUUUGGUGCUUUUAAUUUUUCUAAUAUAUAUGAUUUAUUAGAAGAAUAUGGUGAAAAUAAAGAAUAUUACAAAAAAAUAAAAAGUUGCACUUUUAAAUAUGAAAAAGAAAAAAUAUACGUCAGUAAUCAUACCAAUGUACAACCAAAAAAUGAAUUAAAAAAAUUUAAUGAAAAAACAAAAGCAAUUGAAUUUUCAGAUCUAGAAAAAUUAAAAGACAUAAUGAAUUUUGCAGAAAAAAAGAAGAGAUUAUUAGAAAAAAAAUUAAAAAUGAAUGAACCGUUUUUUUACACAUUAAUAACGAUAGAUAUCAUUGGAGCAAAAAAAGAUAACCUUGUGAAAACCUCCAUGAGUAAUAAUUAUAAUAAAUAUAUUUUAGAUAGAUUUUAUUUUCUUAACAUUUCUUAUUGCAACUCCGAUGAUGAAAAAGAAGAUAUUAACACGGAUGAACUAAGAAAAUCAGUUUAUGAAAUUAUAAAUUUAAUUAAGUAUUACUUAUAUGGAAAUUUAAAAAUUGAUAUUUCUAAUUUUAAUUACGUAUCAAAAAUAGCUAAUGAAAUAUGCAGUGAUUUAAAGAAAAUUCAUUUGAAGAUUGUUUUGUAUUUGCCAUGCAAUUAUAAUAAAAUUGAUGAAAAUAUUUUGAAUUUUCUUUAUUCACUUGAUUUAAAAUUAAAAGAUUAUUUAAAUUUGUUUGGUAAUAAUUUAACCAAAUUAGAAAAUGCUAAUUACAAUUUAAGAGAUGAUAAAGAUUUUAUUAUAUCAAAUAGUGAAAAAUAUCAAAAAUUAGAUAGAAUUUUAUUUGAAAAUAUUGAUUUAGAUGAAAAUUUGAAAUAUAGUAUAAUGAAAGAAGCUUUAAAUUUCCCUGAGGAAUCUUUUGACUGUUUAUCACUGUUAAAUAAAACAUUUCAACAUAAUUAUAAUUUUUAUAAAGAGAAAGAAAAAGAAUUCCAUAGAAAUAUUUUAAAUUUAGUUGAAAAACAAAAUGAAAUUAUUAAAAGUUAUGAAGAGAAGGAAAAUAAGAAGAAAGAUGAGAUAAAUAAUAUACUUAAAGAAAUAUAUUGCAUUAAUGAAAAAAAUUUAGAAAUAGAAAAUGAAAUACAAAGGCAUCAGAAUUUAAAUAUGAAAUAUUUACAAAAAGAAGAGAAUAAUGAGUUACAAAAUUUGAAAAGGCUUUAUACUGUUGAUAGAAUAUUAGAUAAGGAAUAUGAAAAUUUUUUAGAAUUUCGUAAUGAAUCAAUAAACAACCAAGAAAAAGCAAUAAAAAAAGAAAAAACGUUUCAAAAAAUCCAAGACAAUAAUACUUCAAAUGAUAUACUUGAUAUCUGUGAAAAACAAAAAGAAGAAUAUGCAAAUAAUUUAAAUGAAGCAUUAAAGUAUGGAGAACAAUAUUUUCAACAAACUCAUAAUUUAAAAAAAAAAUGUGAUGAUGCUAUACGUAAAAAAAUUGAACUUUUCAAAAUUUUAAAAACCACAUUAAUAAAUUUAAAUGAAAAGACGAAUUCAUUAAAGGACAAUUUUAAAGUUACAAAAGAAUUGAAAUUUAUUUACCCUAUAGAUGACAAUUACAUUAGUUUUAAUGAAAAAUAUAGAAAUUAUUCAAGAAGUAAUAGCUUAAAAGAAUAUAAUGAAUUAUUAGAAGAAUUAACGAAAAAUGAUUUUAAUGAAAAACAGAUAAAGUGGAUAUACAAAAUGAACUCUAUAUCUAAAAAACUUUAA